UUGGAUUUUGAUUCUUUAUAAACUAGAAUCACGGUUUGAGAUACAUGUAAUCAUCGUCUGAUAUUGUUAUAAUUAUUAUAAUUAUAUUGUAAACGAUAGUAAAUUAAAUGAAAUUAUGUUAUAAUGUAUUAAUUAAUCUGUUAAUAGAAACAAUUCCUAUUUAAAUUGGAAAUAUUUUGAAAAUAAAUUCAUUCAUACUUGCAAACAUGAAUGGAUUACAAUUAUAUUUGCAAAGUCUUCUUAAUAUAAAGCAUGUAAAUUAUGGAGGUUACAGAUAUAUUAAGCGAUGGGUCUCUCCAACUCAAAAAGAAAUAACCCGAAGAAAGAGGAGGUUGCCAGCUCAACCAGAAUCCAAACGUAGUAAUUUCAUUGAAUGGAAUAGAAAUUCAGAAAUAUAUGCGUUUAAUACACGACUGUCAGAAAAAUUUGACACAGAGAAGUUGAAUCAAGCAUUUACACAUAAAUCAUAUAUUCUUGAUGAAUUAAAAAAGCAGCAAGAAAUGGGUAUAGAAGAACCUAAAUUUGAUAUAUCACAUAAUGAAGAAUAUAUUGAGAAAGGAAGAGAAAUAACUUCAGAAAUUGUAAAGAAAUAUUUAAAGAAAAGUUUACCACGUCUUCCUGAAGUUGGUAUUACGGCACUUCAUGAUUAUCUUAUGUCUGAACAAAUGUUAGCUACAGCAUCUUCACACAUUGGGACAAAAGACAUUAUUUUAACCAGUGAGCAUCCUGUAUCCCAACAAACAUUGGCACAAACAUUUGUAGCACUUGUAGGAGCACUUGCUGAAAGCGUUAAUGUUGAUCACGCAAGUGCUUUUGUCCGAGAUUUUUUAAUAGUUGGACUAGCAAACAAAGACCUAACUGAAAUAUGGUGUCCAACUAAACCAUUCGAGUUGUUAAAUGAUGUGAUUUCUGCAGAAAGAAAAAUAUCUAUAGAAGCAAGGCUUAUUGGACAAGCUGGAAAGAACACAAUUUUAUCAGUCUAUCAUGUUGGAAUUUAUGCAAACAAAGAAUAUUUGGGUUCAGGUUUUGGUGAAACUAUUGCAGAGGCAAAGGAUGUAGCAGCUAUUAAUAUAUUGGCUCAAAUAUAUGGAUUGCACCAUACAAGUCAACCACUACGAUUUAAUGAAGAACUAAAUGUAUCUGCCUGAAAACAGACUAUUAUCUAAAUUUAUGUACUGAAUUUGUGAAAUGUCAAAUGAUAACAAUUAUAGGUGUAUAUAUGUACAUAUAAAAUAUAAUUAUCAUUUGUCUUGUAAUGAUAUUGCCUUAUUGAAAUAAUAUUACAAAAAUAGAAUACUAAAUAAUUCACUCAAAUAAAUUGAAAGAAAUAUUAAGCAAGAAAAAAAAGGGGAAUAAAUACAGAUAGUUUCAACGGAUUACAACUUUUAAAAGUGAAAAGUAUCAAUAUGAAACUUAAUAAAAUUAUUAAAAAAGGACAUUUUGUGAACAUACUAUGUAUCUAUAUGUAUACGUAGUUAGAACAUUACGAAAAACUGCAUAACGGUAUUAGCAACGUUCGUGUUAUGUGACAGAAAAUUUUACAACAAAAUAGUUAAUAUCAUGUCAUACUUAUUGUAUAAUUUUUAUUAAUCGUCUUUUGAUAAUAUUAUCAACAAUACAUUAUGUAUUGACAUGAUAAACUUUUUAAGAAUAAAUUAUUGUGUUUUUA